AUGGAGGCUCGUUCGUGCGUCAUGCUCGCAUUCCUGCUGGUCGCGGUCCUCUGCAGCGCCCAAGGAUUCAAUCUCACGCUGGUCCACACGGCCGACACCUACUCAGCCCUGAGCGCCGUCGACGCCUCGUCGACGUCGUGCCAGCCCGUCAACGGUUCCUAUAUAACCACCGGCGGCCAGCUGGCCUGCUACGGCGGCGUGGCGCGCAUGAAGGCCGUCAUCGACCAGCAGCGCGCGCGAUCGGACACAAACGUGUUCGUCGUAGACGCCGGCAACAUCAUCGCCACCUCGCUCUACUACUACGUCGCCGGGCCUUCGCUCGUCGCCUCCUACUACGCCCAGCUCGGCUACGACCUCGUUCACCUCCAGGUCCAGGACUUUGUGCUGCCUGUGGAGAACGUGGCUGAGUUCAUGCGCGUGGCGCUGGCCGAGGCCCCGGCUCUGGGCUUCGUGGUGAGCAACCUCGAGGGCUACAACGAGGACCCGCGGGCCAACGGCACCUUCGUCGCGCGCUGGGCCUACAAGACCUUUGCCGGCGGCCAGCGCGUCGGUUACGCGGCAACGGUGGCGAGUAACCUGGCAACCAUGGUCCGCACGCCAUUGGCCAUUCGGGCGAACGACGAGGCUGCCGCCUUGUCCGUCGCCGUCAUGGCCCUCAUCAACCAGGGAGCCAAUAAGAUCGUCGCCUCGGUCAGUUCCAAUGCAACAGCCGAGGCCGUCCUUUCCGGCGUGCCCGGAAUCGACGUGCUCAUCGUGCCCACCCAGCUCCAGGCCAACGACCGCGGCACCGCCGCCGACGACGUCCGAUCGGGCGCCGUCGGCCCCUAUCCGAUGGUCGUCGCCACCGCCUGGGAGCAGCCGGUGCUAGUCGUCGCGUCGGGCACCUACGGGCGGCUCAUCGGCGUGCUCGAUGUGGAGUUCGACGACUACGGCGUGGUGACCGGGUGGUCUGGCGACGCGCGGCUCAUGGACGAGUCCGUGGCGGCCGACCCGGCGGUGCAGGCCCGGCUGCUGGCCAACUACGCCCAGCUCCAGGCCAACUUCUCGCAGACGGUCGGGUGGUCGGCCCUCGAUCUGGGCUUCGAGACCAACUGCCUCUUCGCCGAGUGCGCCAUCGCCGGGUGGAUGGGCGACGCCGUGCGCGACUUUGCGGUGCGGGCCUGGGGCGGCGACGUGCAGAUCGCGUUCAACAACGGCGGCUCGAUACGCGGCACGUUCGCGCGCGGGGCGGUGACGCUGGGCCAGCAGCAGACCGCGUUCCCGUUCGGCUCCAACUCGGAUCUCUAUACGUACCAGCUCGCCGGGCGCUACGUUUGGGCUGCGCUGGAGAACGGGCUGUCGCUGGCGACGGACCCGUCGGCCGAUGUCAACAACGGCGCGGGCCGGUUCAUGCAGGUCUCUGGCCUGCGGUAUUCGUGGAAUCCGAGCGAGGAGGUGGGGUUCCGGGUGGUCGACGUCGAGGUGGAGGCGGCGCCGGGCGUGUGGGCGCGGCUCGAUAUGGACGCCGUCUACAACGUGUCAUCGUUCGAUUGGCUGGUAAUCUACGGCGGCGACGACUACACCAUGAUUCGCGACAACUCGACGCGCCUGUUCAAGAACGGGGCCAACAUGAACGCGGUGCUGCUCGACGCGUUGGCCCGCAACAUCACCAGCGUCGAGACCGGGCGCAUCACCGCCACAUCGGCCACGCGCCGCGCGUGUCUGGCGCCCGACGGCUCCGUGUGCAGCGGCAACGGCGUGUGCGUGGGUGGUGCGUGCCAGUGCACGCUCGCAGGGACGUCGAGCGAGCUUCUGUGUGCGUCGACCAACGGCACGGCCGCCGCGUCGUCGGACUCGUCGAGCAAGACGCUGGCCAUCGCGCUGGGCGUGUCGCUCCCCGUCGCGGCGCUUCUGGUGCUGCUCCUGGUCGUAGCGCUGGUGGUCGCGCGGCUGCGGCGCAGGCGCGAGCACAACAGCUGGGAGAUCGACUUUGCCGAGCUGGAGAUGGGGCCGCAGUUAGGCGCUGGCGGCUUCGGAGAGGUGCACCGAGCCGUGUGGAAGGGCACCGACGUGGCCGUCAAGGUCGUGUCGGCCCACAACACGAACAAGGCCGCGUGGGACAAUUUCAAGCAGGAGGUGAGCGUGAUGACGGCGUUGAGGCAUCCCAACGUGGUGCUGUUCAUGGCCGCCAGCACCAAGCCGCCCAAGAUGUGCAUCGUAAUGGAGCUCAUGGAACUUGGCUCCCUCUACGACUUGCUGCACAAUGAGCUGGUGCCGGCGAUCCCGCUGCAGCUGUGCCUCAAGAUGGCCUACCAGGCGGCCAAGGGGAUGCACUUCCUCCACUCGUCGGGCAUCGUGCACCGCGACCUCAAGUCGCUCAACCUGCUCCUCGACAACAAGUGGAACCUGAAGGUGAGCGACUUCGGCCUCACCAAGUUCAAGGCCGACCUCAAGCGGGCCGGCGGCCACGACAUCCAAGUGCUCGAAGAUCGCAUGGACGUCGACUACGUGCAAGCCGACGUGUACAGCUUCGGCAUCAUCAUGUGGGAGCUGUUGACGCGCGAGCAGCCCUACGCGGGCGUGAGCACGGCCGCCAUCGCCGUGGGCGUCAUUCGUGACUCCCUGCGGCCGACCGACCUCCAGGCCUCCGACAGCGGCGCCCAGCGCCACGUCGAGUUCGAGGUCCUCAUGGCCGAGUGCUGGCACGCCGACCCGAGCGUGCGCCCGUCGUUCCUCGAGGUCAUGUCGCGCCUGUCCGCCAUGUCCGAAGACAUGACCGGCCACGACAUCAACCACUCCUCCAUGACCACCAGCGGCUCGUCGUCGUCAACGUACAUGGGCCAGGGCAGUGCCUCGUUCUACAACACGGCCAAGCACUCGGCCAGCGCCGGUUCUACGGCCUCGUCGACGUCGUCGUCGCACAUGUCGUCCAGGAGCGGCGGCUCGGCCAAGGCUGCGGCGGCGGUCGGAGGCCGUCAUGGCCAACGCGGCGUGGGCCAGCCGCCGGCGCCGGCGGUGGACGGCCCGCUGACGGUGGUGUUCACCGACGUGGCCCAGGCCGCGCAGCUGUGGGAAGCCGAGCCGCAGGCCAUGCGCGAGGCGGUCGCGAUGCACAACGAGCUGCUGCGUCGGCUGAUCAAGCAGCACCGCGGCUACGAGUCGGUGUUCCUCCAUCGGCACAAUACUGGCGCGGCCGGCGGCGAGGGCUACUUCUGCGUCGUGUUCGGGCGGCCGCUGGACGCGCUGCGCUGGUGCGAUGAGGUGCAGCGCGAGCUGGUGACGCUCGAGUGGCCGCCGGCGCUGCUCGGGGUGCUCUACGCCCGCGAAGAGGUCGCCGGGGUGGCCGACGGCGUGCUGUUCCGCGGGCCGCGGGUGCGGAUGGGCGCCCACCACGGGCCGAUCUCGCGCACGCGCGACCCGGUCUCCAACCGCUUCGAGUACUUUGGCGCCGCGGUCAAGGUCGCCACCGAGCUCACCCUGCGCGCCGAGGGCGGCCACGUACUCGUCUCCGACGCGGUCAUCUCCGCCGUCGAGUCCCUGAGUGAGCCGGUUACCAACGGCAACGGCGGUGAUGAUGACGUCACCCUCGACAAGGACCGGGCGCUGUACGGCCGGCAUCGGUUCCAGCAGGUGGGCGCCGUGGAGGUGAUGGUGGCCAACGGCGGGUCGAUGCUCGAGGUCGAGGUGCACGACAUGCGGCUCAGCGGGCUCGAGGACCGGUGCCAGGCCUGGGAGCAGGCCGAGUCCAGCAGCAACCACACGUCUGCGCGCAGCGGCACCACGACCCACACCGGCGGCUCGUCGACCACAUCGUCGGGCGGUGGCGGCGGCUCGUCGCGGCCGCGAUUGCUGGCGCGCCCCGACGAGGCGUCGUACAUCGGCAGCUCGAACGCGUGCCGGUGGAUCAUACCGUUCGAGGACCUGGCGAUCCAGGAGGCCCACGUGGGCCAGGGCAGCUACGGCUUCGUGUCGCAGGGCCGGUGGAAGGGCGUCGACGUGGCGGUGAAGCGGUUCGUCAAGCAGCGGCUCGACGAGGACACGAUGCUGCGGUUCCGCGAGGAGGCCGCGCUGCUGGCCGAGCUGCGCCACCCGAACGUGGUGCUGUUCAUCGGCGCGUGCGUGCGGUCGCCCAACAUCUGCAUCGUGACCGAGUGGAUCCCCAAGGGCUCGCUGCGCGACGUGCUGGCCGACGGGUCGGUCAAGCUGUCGUGGGCCACGCGGCUCAACGUGGUCAAGGGCAUCGCGCUCGGGCUCGCCUACCUCCACUCGCAGCAGCCGGCGCCGAUUCUCCACCGCGACCUCAAGUCGUCCAACGUGCUGGUCGACGAGUCGUGGAAUGCCAAGAUCGCAGACUUUGGGCUGGCCCGUAUGAAGCAGGAGAACGCGACGAUGACCCGCUGCGGCACGCCGGCGUGGAUCGCGCCCGAGGUGGUCAUGCGCGAGCGCUACACGGAGAAGGCCGACCUGUACAGCCUGGGCAUGGUCAUGUGGGAGGUCGCCACCCGCAAGCUGCCCUUCGCCGGGGAGAACCUGGCCAAGACCGCGGUGGACAUUGUCGAGGGCAAGCGGCCGCCGGUGCCGGCCAACGCGCCCAAGGCCUACGUGGCCUUGAUGACGGCCUGCUGGCACCGCAAGCCCCACAAGCGACCCAGCGCCGAGCAGGUCUGCCGCGCCAUCGAGAGCUGGCUGGACAACACCGCCUCGGGCGAGGUAAAUCUGGUGUAG